UUGUUGUCUUAAAUGACAUUAUGCCCAGGAACUGUGCUCAGGCACUGCAUGUGUUCUUUCAGUGCUGUGCUUAUUCACGUCACUCCUCCUUUUUCAGACAGCCUAAAAUCUUCACUCUCUAUUGGUCAAAGUUCUAACUGUAACAGUAGGUGUGGUUGGAAACUAGCUCUACCAGAAUUCCCAGGAGUCUGGACUGUGUAACUGAGACUAGCAGAAGCUGAGGGAGUUUUAUUCCUGGCAGUUGCUUUAAAGCCUGGCUGAUGUGGAGAAUACCUCUGAGGAACCAAGAUAGUGUCUUCUCUCUAUGGGCUCAUGAUGCAGCGUCAUUCAACCCUCCUGGGACUAAAACAUAAGAGAACACCAACACCACCUAUUAUCUCCAAAGUCUUCCUCUCUGAGCUUUAGUCAUGAAGGAUCGCUUAGAAGAGCUGCGUCUGCAGAUCAAAGCAAAUCAGCAACUUCAAGAAGGUAAUUCCUUCACCCAAGAUGAGGAUGAAGAGCCAAUGUCCUUCAUUGGCCGCUGGCCACAAGCUGAGACUGAGCCUGUGCUGGAGAACUUCCUGGAUGAGGCCAAACGUGUCCGUGACAGCCUUGAAGAGCUGGAGGCUGAGGUUAAGAAGUUCAGUCAGCAGCAGAGAAACCUCGUGGCCACCAUGCGGCGUCUCAGCGUCAUGAAAAAAGAGAGCAGCCUCACUCGGGACAUCAAGCUGCAGGCUGAGAGCUUGCGUAAGAAGCUUGAUGCCCUCUCAAAGCAGGCGAAGCUCACUGAGACUGAACUGGGAGCGUCAGCUGCCACAGCCCGGAUCCAACGUGCCCAGCAUGAUGCGCUCUUCCGUCGGUUCCAGGAGGUCAUGCGUCAGUACAAUGACUCACUCCUGAGCAAGCAAGACAAAUGCAAGCAGUUCAUCAUCAGGCAGCUGGAGAUCUCUGGCCGAGAGGUUUCAGAGGAAGAAGUGGAAAACAUGGUGGAGCAGGGUAAGUGGGAUGUUUUCAACGAGAACAUCCUGGUGGAUGUCAAGAUCACUCGCACACAGUUAUCUGAGAUAGAGCAGCGCCAUAAAGAACUGCUCACCCUUGAGAGCAACAUGAAGGACCUGAGAGAACUCUUUCUAGAUGUGUUCAUGCUUGUGGAAGAGCAAGGAGUGCAAAUUGACAAUAUCCAGGCCAAUGUUGAAAAGACUGUGGACUAUGUGAUGGUUUGUAAUGAGAAAUUCAAAAUGGCUUCCAGAUAUAGGAAGAAGAACCCUUUAAGAAGACUGUGUUGCUGCUGCUGCCCAUGGGCAUAAAGCAGGACAUACUGUAUUGUAUGAAGGGCUUAGGUUGUGAAAACAGAGAGAGAACUUGUGGAAUGUAUAAAAGCAUGGACAAUGUCUGUGAUAAAAGCAAAACCCUAGCUCAAUUUAUGACAUUUCUGUAGAGUCAAGACACCAGACUUGUGAUAUGUAGCUACUAAUGACCCAAAGGCUCAUGUUUAAUUAUAGUUAUGUAGAAAACAAUUUAUUUAUGUAUGACAGUGAAGUAUUUUAUUUCUACACUACACUAUCUUUUUUUUAAAAUUUUUUUUAAAAAUUUUUUACUAUGGCCAACCCCAUUUCAUUUCGAGUUUUAAUUUAAAUACAUAGUGUGUACAUAAAUGCAUAUCAUGAGUGUGGUUUCUGAAUUCAUUCAAAAAGAAGAUGUCUUAUGAUGUCACUAAGUUAUGUGACACAGAACAUUAACAUAAAUAGAAUAAUAAUUUAUAUAAUUUAUAUAAUUUCUAGGACAGUGUAACAGGUUAUGAUAUAAUGUUUACAGGGUAUGCUAUCCAGGUUAUGCUAUAAUUUUCCUAAAUGCCACAGUGUUGUUAAACCUGAUUGUUCUGCACAAUAUCAGCAUUCAUACUGUAAAUACAAAUCUAUAUUUGUAAACAGUAAAAUCUCCAUUAUUCAUUUAGAUGAAUGGAGUGAAAGUGUUAUGUCAGAUGACAGAUGACAUAUUGAGGAAGAAAACACUGAGAAAUAGGGAUCUGGGUGUGUCUCAUGAGCUGCUUAACACUUAUCCAGAACAAUACUGUACCAAAGAAAUGGUAUAAAGACGGCGCUACCAUAUUUACAGAAAAAACCUUUUAUGUUAAUUUUGAUUUUACAAGUAAGUCCUCAAUUAAUAGUUAAUCAGGUUUUCAAAAAUGAACUGGACCAUAAUCUAUCAGCAGUAAGUGGACUUUAUGGGGUUUCUUUAUGUGAACUUUUGUUUAGCAAGCUAUUCUUUUGGCUCUUUUGUAGUCGCCAUUGUUUUUUUUUUUUUUCCAUUGGCUCAACUCCUGGGAUAGGAUAUCCAGAAUCAGUAACAGUAGCAGUAAUCUGCCACCUAUUGUUACAGAUAUGAAGUACAAUAGGAUAUACUGAGCCCUUCUUUAGCAGUUUUCAAUAAGAUAUUUGACUGGGAAAAGGCAUUUACAGUGAGGGGAAAUAAGUAUUCGGAUACUUUAAAAAAAAUUAAUAUACUUCCAGUGCACAUAUCCACAUUAAAUCUACUUUAAAAUUACACACAUAAUAUAAUUUUACUUUGUAUGUAAAUAUGUAAAUAAGUAUGUACAGUAUUCAUAAGCAUAAAAAUACACACACACCACACACACCACACACACAUAAAAAUCAAGUUCUAGAUAUAAAUGCUGCAAAGAUUUCCUUAUGCAAGAUAUUGCCAUGGGUUAGGAAGUAAAGGAGCUUCCUAAUGUUCUCAUGGACAACAUUAUUAUAACAUUAUUAAACAACAUUUGAACUAAAGAAAGCAACUGAGCCAUAGCAAAGACAUUAAACAUCUCUGACAUACAACUGGAUUAAUAAUAUGCAGGUGGAAAGUUCAUGGAACCACAAUUAAUCGUCCCCUGGACAGGUGCACCACACAACAUUGUACAAAGCACUCUCAGACCAAUUAUAAAGUAAGAGAGAAGACAGCAAUUACUUGAAAAGAGUUGCAUGACAGCCUGAAAGCAGUAGGAGCAACAGUUACACAGAGAACUAUAAGCAAUGAACUGCACCACAAUCAUCUCCAUUCCUACAGCCUACCUCACCCAAAACCUUUCAACAAGACAUUGACCCCAACCAUACAGCCAAAAUAACUGAAGAAAGCCUUGCAUGGCCUAGCCAAUCUCCCAAUUUGAAUCUCGCUGAAAAUUUAUGAAGGAUAAAAUGUAUUAAAUUGUAAGGUCAUCAGUGGGACCCUGAUAAUCCUGGGGAAUUAAAGAUGAUUUGCCAAGAAGAAUGGGUCAAACCAAAAUGCUGCAAAAAGCUACCUAUUUCUUACCAUAGGCAUCUCAAAGCUGUAAUUGCCAACAACAUAAUGAGUAAUGAUGUUGUGAAUAUGUGGUGUCCGAAUACUUUCAAUUUCGUUUUUUUAAACAUAUCUUUGAUAUGCUCAUGAAUACAUACGUUUUUGUUCAUAUUUAUAAGUACAUAGACAAAAUACAUUAUGUGUCUAAAUUUAAAGUGGAUAUAUGCACUAGAAGUAUAUUAAAUAACAAAAUCAAUAGUCAACGAAUACUUAUUUCUCCUCACAUACACCAUUCAUUGUCUAUAUUUAUAGCAGCAAUUAAAGCAAAUAUUCCAGAAAAUUAUUUUUUUUACUACUAUGUUUGACUGAGAUCUUCCUCUUCAAUAAAUAAUUUUUUCAUGCAUGAUAUAAUACUUGUACUGCCUGCUGUGUACAAAAAGAUCCCUAGCCAGUGCACCUCUAUGUAAAUUAGUGCCAUAUGAGAUGUCAUUUAAAUGUUAUCAGAUGCCAUUUAACACUGAACAAGCAAGUCAGCCAUAGUGAUUGGAAUAGGAACCAGUCAAAAAUCACAUAAACUCCAGUAAAUAAAAUGAGUAAUACAGACAAUCACUGUGCCAAGUCAGUGUGGAGCCUUAAGCUAUAUGAAAGAUGUGAAAGAGAUUUGAAGUAUCUGCAGCUGACGUUAGCCAGCAGACACAUCUAUGUGUGUUUUACGAGUUCAGUUUACAAGUGACUGUCAAAGUAACACUGACACACACUGGAAACUGAAUACAGUGUGCCAUAAAUCAUCACCUGAUUCAAAGAGAUUACAGGAUUCCUGUAUAAACCGCCUGCCAGUGUGAACGCUUGCCCCAAUAAAGCCACUGUAUUCAGCCUGUCAGAAAGGAUAAGCAGGUGAGAUACAGCAGAGAACUGGUAACUGAAAGCUUCCCGUUUCUCAGCCAGCUCUAAAGCAGUUUACCUUAAUGCAUAGACAAAGCUACUGACAAACAAAUCCGAUAAUCCGAAAGUUAGAUGUACAA